UCUUUAUCAUUCCGACCUCGAAACUCGAGAUUGCGAUCUACGUCUGCGGUCUUUGUGUGGUCCGAUCUUUACCGCAGAUGCAGCUCGAUAAAGGCGACUUUUCCCUACACGAUGGAACCAGCGUCUGUCAUGCUCGUUCUUAGUUUCAUUUAGGAUAUCCCAUUACCUCUCCGGCUUGUAAACAUCCAGGGACCAGCUGUGGGGUUUUACCCAUCACCUCCAGAUCAGAAAUCCCUUUGCAACUUGCGCCGCGGCGUCUCGCUGGAACGGAGAAUGUUAGGCACAGAUCCGAGAAAGCCUGCCGCCAACCCCUGCCCCAGCUCAAGCGUCCGUCGUUUCGGAAGGCGUCUUCUCGUCCGGCGCCACAGAAUGGGAACGCUUUGGGCCAUCGUGACCUCUUGAGCUGACCAAGAGGACGUCCAACACGGCGAACGUUCUCUCCGCGAAUGUCUGAGUUCGUGUAGGAAAGCAUACGAUUGCACGCUCGCAGGCUAAUAUUUUGGUCACUGGUCGCAAAUACUCAUCGCGAAGCGUUUCAUAUACCACCUCAUGAUGGAUCCGAUAGCGGGGUAGUCGCUCUGCUAAACUCGGCGAGGGAGAGCCCAGAGGUUUGGGCCUCACUUUCGUGCGGCGCCCGCAUCGAGCAAGUCUGAGCUGCCUGCCGUUUGCGGGCUGGUUCUCCUGCACUGUAUGACGAUCCACUCUUCGAAGGGACGAGUCUGCUCGCCCGAACAGGCAGCUGGGCGCAAUCAACUGACUCGGGACCGAUCGUCGUCACUGCCUUUUCGACUCGAGGAGUGGCGUAGGCUUUGUGCCCCAUGGACCACAGUGUUGGAUAUAGUCUCGAGUCUCGAUGCCCAUGACGAAGCGGGUCUCCUGGAUCCGCUGCGCCGGAGGCCCUCUCCCCUCUUCCCUGGCGCAAUACAGCGCGAAUGGACGUAUGUCUGGACCGAAACUUGGGCUAUCCGCCGGGGCGCCAUCUUUCAUCCGACAAUCGGCCAGUGCCUGUGCCGUGGCGUUCAAUUCAAGGUUCGGGGCAUUCAAGCUUCAAAGUUCCGCGUCAACGAAGUCUUCUAAUCGUCGAAAUCCCCCCACAAAGAAGUUUAGACGAUAUAUCGACCGCAUUGGCGCGAGCUAUAACACCGGGUGCAGAACCUUUGGAGAUUCUCUGUCACAUUAAUCAUGGUGGACUUGUGGCCAUGCGUCGACACGGACACACGUCUCAUCGAAUUCGAAACUCUAUGAUACGACUCGCUAUUGGAGAACUGGAGCGCACGGGGGAUCCACGAGUCCGCAAUGCGUGCGUUCGAAGGGAUGGAGGAAAAUGCCCGUGACCCAGUACCAUGUCGAUGGGCGCCGAUGGACGAGUCGGCCAGGCGCCCGUCAACGAAACAUGCGCAGAGAAUCAUAUCCAUGUCAUGCCCGCAUCAACGUUCUUGAGCUCGAGCCAGGACACGUGAAGGGCACCCGCACGAUCGCGGGUGCAUCGCUCUCAUCGAUGAGCUUGCAUUUCCGGAUUUCCUCUAAAGAGCUUCCGCGCGCGCAAACACGUCGAUAUCGAGGCAAGGGGGUAAUUUCAGACACCCUCGAAUGCAACAUGGAUUAUUGAAAGCAAGCGUGUUUGGGUAUACUUCAUUUACUGCACCGGCCGUCGAAGAACCCAGCGUUCGGGCAUGGUGGUGAUACACGUUUGCAUUUUAAUCAC